AUCCCAUAAUGUUUCGUGACAAUGUUCGUAAUUCGACAUUGAAUUUGCGAUAUUACGAAAAUUGCACUCGUAGCGAGUUGAACAGUUUCGCAUGUUGAGUCAUCCGCGUAGUUCGUGUAACCACCAUAAUGUCGAAUGAUGUUUGGAACGAUGAUAUCGCUUAUGCAUUCUCUACUCACAAGACAUUUAUGCAAAUACUCGGUAUAUGGCCCCUACAAAAGAAGACGAUAUUCACGAUAAUCCAUUGGAGCGUAAUAACAAUUCUGCAGUUCUUGUCACUCUUGUUCCUGUACAUGGAAUUGACUGCAAAGCAUGGUGACACUGGUAGAGACAUGGAUGCCAUAAUAUACGCUGUAUGCGUGGUGUCUAUGAAAUUGAAAUAUUUUUGUGUUGUUGCUAACCAACAAAAAUUAGCUCAAAACAUCAAUGCUGCUUUUGUCGAUUGGUUGUCUGCAAAGAAUAAUGAAAAAGCAUACAAGAUUAUGAAAGAACAAUCAUCUAGAUCCAGACUGUACACUUUCAUUAUGAUAUAUUCAUGUUACAUAUGUGGUUUCCUUUACAUAAUAUCUGUCGCUGUUGUAAACGAUUACAAAGAAAUGAUAAAAAUGUUACUCUCUAAUCAAUUUUAUGUAUUCACGUAUGCCAGUGAUAUUUUGCAGACUCAAAGCGAAUCGAUUAUUUACACCAUAUAUAGCUCUACAUGGCACGAAAUGUCGCUCACAAUGACGAAAGAUCUGCUAUUCAUUAUGAUGAGAAUUCAGACUCCUCUCCGAAUUAGUGCUGGAAAAUUUUUCACUCUUACGCGAAUUACUAUAACAGAUAUCUUGAGAACUGUAACAUAUAAAUCGUUCUUACAAAUGACAAUUAAUUAAAUAAAAUAUUUUCUCGAUAAUUCAUGCGUUAUGUAAAAGCAACUUGUGUACAUAAGUAAAAUAAAAUAUAAAUACAAUUAUUUAUAAUUUUAACAUA